CCGCUCAGUUUGCAAUAGUCGCUCGCGCUGAAAGGUUUUAUACGAUUAAAGUGCUCCGUAAAAAUGUGGCGUUUAAGCGCUGCUCCUCUCGUGGAGCUUCUUCUGCUGGCGCUGGCGUUCGGCCCAGUCAGCUGUCUGAUCUGCACGCGUCGUCCGGCUAAUACGGCCACGCCCAAGUCCCCGGUGGACGAGAAUUAUGUGAUAAGCGUGUCGGGCAAUCCGGAAACGUACAUUCUCGGCCAGGAGUACAACGUUUCCCUUAAUGCCUUCAAUGGCCAUCGCUACAUCAGCUUUAUCCUGGCGCUGGAGAACGAGAACGGCGACUUUAGCUACCAGGACGACUUGGGUCGCUUCGAGUUAAGUGACCUCAUCGAGACUCGCUUCAGUCCCAACUGCAUCAACAUGGUGGAGAACACCAACACGAAUCCCAAGACCCACAUGCACCUGACCUGGAUGGCGCCCAGUGAGCCGGGAAGUGGUUGCAUCCUCAUACGGGCCACGGUGCAGCAGCAUCGCGAUGUGUGGCACAUGGAUGAUGGCGGACUCACACGACGCAUUUGCGAGGAGGUCGUUGACGAUGUGGAAAGCCAGCCCACAACACCCACGGUGGCUGCACCGUGCUGUGCCUGCGAUGAGGCGCGCUACGAGCUGGUAUUCGAGGGUGUCUGGUCAAGGAAUCUGCAUCCCAGGGACUUUCCUGCCCGUGGCUGGGAGACCCGCUUCUGUGAGUUGGUAGGAGCCGCCCACACCGCCGACUAUCGCUUCUGGGAGGCCGGAGCCCUGGCCAGCGAGGGAAUCAAGCAAUAUGCCGAGCACUGCAGCUCCCGACUUCUGGAGCGAGAGUUCAGCAUUCAUUUUCGGGAUGAUAAGAUACGUACUAUUAUCAAGGCCCGGGGUCCUUCCUUUCCCAACAUGAGCAGCAAGAGUAUGGCCUCGGUGCGAGUGGAUCCGCUGCAUCACAUGGUGUCCUUUGCCUCCAAGAUUGAGCCCUCGCCCGAUUGGAUUGUGGGCGUCUCGGGACUGGAGCUGUGCCUGCGCAACUGCACAUGGAUGGAGGAGAAGGUCAUCAAUCUAUAUCCCUGGGAUGUGGGCACAGAUGCGGGACCCAGCUACACUUCUCCGGAUCAGCCACAAGUUCCGCCGGAUGUGAUCAGACGCAUGCGCUCUGACUUUCCCAACGAUCCGCGUUCCCCUUUCUAUGAUGAAUCCGGAGCUCCUAUGAAACCCAUGGCCAUUCUGAGGGUGAAGCGCCAACGUAUCUACGAAAGGAGAUGUUCGGAUGAGGACUCUAACAACGAUCCGGAGCUACCGCGAGAGUGCCUCACCCAUCCCUGGUCCAGCUGGAGCGACUGCUCCUCCAAAUGCGGCGUUGGCAUGCAGUAUCGUCGGCGUGUUUACAAGCAACCAGAGCUGGCCAGGAUCUACAAUUGCAAUGUGGCCCAGUACGAAGAGCGGGAGUGCCAGGGCGAGAUGUGUGGACAGAACAGUCUGAUGAGGAAUGCAGGAGAGUUCGAGGACUUAGAAAUCACCAGCCUGGGAAUGGGCGGAAAUGCCUAUCAGCCCCAGCACCAGCACCAGGGUCGCGCCGAAUGCCAGCUGAGCUCGUGGAGCAGCUGGAGCCCCUGCAGCGUGACCUGCGGCGAAGGCUACGAGAUGCGCCAGCGGCAGUAUCUCAAUCCUCAGGCGGAGUCCAAGUGCCAGAGUGUGCAUCGCAUGGAGCUGCAGGAGACGCGUCGGUGUUCCGGCCAAGCUUGCCUGGGUAAUCUACCCGGAUCCUACGGUGGUGAUACGGAGACUGCCUACGGCGAGGUUUCCCCUGGACGAAACCCUUACAGGCAGGAACAACCGGAAAGGGAGGCUGAAUCCUUUGGCGACUACGAUCAAUCGGGCAUGGAUCGAGGUGGAGCCGUAGGUGGCUUCGAGGUGGGCAACCUCAAAGGCAUCACUGGGAACUGGCCAAGCAACAGGCAGAAGGUUGAGGCAUCCUAUCUGCCAGAGCGCCAGAGGAACCUUGCCAGGAAACCCCCUUCAUACUUUCAACCAAAUUACGAUGGAAAGUACAGUCCACCAGCUAGAACCGAGCGUCCCACUUGGUCGGAAAAACCAAGGCCAAGUGAUCCGCGUCUGGAGGAUGUCGAACGAGCUCCAUGGCAGCGUCAGAGACCCACUGAAACCUACAAAAACCAAUAUGCUGGGAAUUUAGACGAUCCAGAAGAAGAAGAGCCCUGGCCAAGGAGGAACAAUAAUUACAACAGCCAGGAUGCGCACGCACCUGCAGAGGAUCUGUUUACAUCGCUAUCCACCCGCUGCUUCCAGAUGCUUCAGACCGCGCAGCCGCGAUGCCAGAAUCAAACGAUCACGGGUCAGUUCUGGUUCUACAACUUUUGCGAGGACGAGUGCAUGCUGUUCGCCACGGAUCCCUGUGACCGGAAUAUAAACAAGUUCAGCCGGUGGGAAGAAUGUCAGAAAUGCCGACAGCCCAAUUUGGCUGCGAUGCAGCAGGAGGCAACCAAUUCCCAGGAGUGCCGGAAUCUUCGAGCCAUUUCUAUGGCCGAGGAGCGAGCCAGGCAGGAGCAGCGGGCGGCGAGUAGGAGGCGCAACAACGGGGGCUACAAUAGGCAACGCAGCCGAAACUCGGCCACCAAUCUAUAAACUUUAAGCAGUAUACAAAAUAGGAAUUUGUAUUGUAACGGUUAAUAUUUUUAAUCGAACUAUCGCUAUCGAUAACCGAUAGCGCUUUGAAAAACAGCUGACAGAUGAAAAAAAAAUUACUCAAUCAAAACAAUUUAAAUUACCUAGUUCCUUUAUUUUUUAAUUUAUUAAUUAUACUUUUAUUGUAAAGUGUAAUUUUUAAUAACAUUAAGCAAAAAUAACUAAAUUUCCACAUUUUGGCCAAGCCCGACAACUCUGCGGCUUGGAAAAUCACAAAGAAAAUUGCACAAGCACAAAUAAAACAAAAGAAAACUGUUUAAAAAACAAAUAACUUUAAAUAAUUUACAAAUAUGCAACGAUUUCAAAUUAUGACGCGCGGCAUGCUGAGCCUGCAACAUGCCGCGGCACUUAUGACGCAGCAGCAACACCUCCGGAACCUGUCCAUUCAGUGGCCCCUGGCCCUGCCCCAAAAUCAAAGCCAAAAGCCGGCUGGCGGUGGAAAGCCGGGAAUAAACCAGAAACCAAGACCCUCCGCCUCGG